AUGGAACAUAAUCGACCAAACAGUCGGCAGAAUCUCUCCGUACCACAAACUGCCGCUUCAUCGUCGCCGCCGUCACAGCUCCGCCAUCGACCGUCCUUUCGAGAUCGUUUCUGGAAGAGGACCAGUGCAAACUACGACGGAGAGGAUGAUAUCAUCCAUGAGGAUCAGGCCAAUCCCAUCAAAAAGAGCCCCUAUGUCCCCAUGAAUGCAGCCUCUGGCUUUUCGAGAACAGCGUCCACGCCUCGCGAGCAGUUCAAGCGAAGAAGCCGAACAGACGAGCGACCGUCAAGCAAAGAAUCCGCCGUCAACGUCCACGCCCGGUCGCCUCUCGGUGACCUGGCCGCGGGCCACCUGUAUGUCCAUACUGAGUCCGAGCCCGAUACCACCGACUUCGCCACCUUUAUCGCCGCGGCGCAGACGGAGGAGCGCCUCCGCCAUGCAGCGUCCCAGAGGCAGGGAGCACGAAGCCACUAUCGGGACAGCGGUUACUAUUCGUCGUCCAACGGCGGCCGACACGACCAUGACCCGUAUUCGCCGUCUCUGCCUUCGUCGGCGUCGGCAGCCGGAGCGGCGAGAUUGAAGACGCAGUCAUCCAGGACGUUUGGCAAGCGACUUGCAGAGUACAUUAAGCCUCCGCGAGAUGAUGCUGUGCCGUCAGUUCGUCGGUGA